ACCCCUCAACACUCUCACAAACCUCUUCCUCCUCCUAUCUUCCCCCUCUUUAGAUUUCAGGCUUAGUUUCUUGCUCUUCUUGUUUUAAGGGCUGAAGCUCUGCUGCUUUUGGGUCUCUCUCUGUUUUCUUGGUUCUCUUGCUUGUGGGUUUUGCUCUUUCUUUUCUUUUGUUUCUGGGUUUGUGCCAAGAACCAUUGAAAAAUCAGACACUAUUUCUGGGGUUUUUUUUUUUAUUCAGAUCUGUGGUUGUUCUGUAGUCAAGAUUUUGUUUGUGUAAAAUCUGGAUGCUGGAGAUCUUGAUCUUAAUGUUUGAGAUUCAUGUUUACAGUUCUUAGUGAAGUCCUCCGGUCAGGGUUUAUGAUCGGAUCAUCUCUCAGACGCAGGACCCACCUUGUUCAAUCCUUCUCUGUUGUUUUUCUCUACUGGUUCUAUGUUUUUUCAUAAAUAACCCUCUCUAUCACUGCAUAUAUAUAAUCAACUAAAAUCAGCUGUUAUAAGGUCAGAUCGGCCUAAAAUCAACCCAAAUUUCCUGGGUUUUAUCAGUUCUUCUUGUUCUUUGUGUUGUAAAUCAAUUAUCCAUGGCAUCUUCUAGUGGGAAUUCAAGCUCAGUCUCCACUGCCCAGCUUCAGAACUCAGGAUCUGAAGAGGAAUUGCAGCAGUUGCAGAUGGACCAGAGAAAAAGGAAGAGAAUGCAAUCAAACCGUGAAUCUGCAAGAAGAUCCAGGAUGAGAAAACAGAAACACUUGGAUGAUUUGAUGACCCAAGUGGGUGAACUGAGGAACGAGAAUAACCAAAUCCUCACCAGCAUCAAUCUCACUACACAACAUUUCCUCAACAUUGAGGCUGAAAACUCCAUUUUCAGAGCUCAAAUGAUGGAAUUAGGCCAGAGACUUGAAUCUCUCAAUGAGAUCCUUCACUUCAUCGACAACACAAGCAGUGGAGUUUUCAAGACGGAUCAUCAUCAUGAUGAUAUCUUCAUGAACAACAACAACAACCCAUCUAAUCUGAUUUAUCUUAACCAACAACCAAUCAUGGCAUCUGCAGAUCAUACCUUCCCAUAUUGAUUGAUCGAUCGAUCAUGAACAGAUCCACCAGGGCUAAAAUAGUCAUUUCACAUCCUUUGUUUCGUUGGGGAUUUAAUGAGUCGGGUAAGAAAAUUAGGGGUUUUCAUUUAUUGUCAUAAUUAUUAAUUAGUAGUACUUUGAGUGGGCCAUGUUAUGUGAUUAUAAAUAGUAAAUUAAGGGGAAAAUGGUGAUUAGUUACUUUAGGAGCUCACUAUGUAAAAUAUGGUGUGUGAAGACUGAAGAGCCCUUAAUGUAUUGUGGUUGCUUGGCAAUAUUUUAUGUAUAAUAUAUAAAUUAAUUUCAUUAGUGGUUUAUAUA